AUGUAUUCCGGCGGCGCGACCGGCACUCACACUCCUCGAUCCUCUCAGAACCUCCGACCUUUAACUCUCACCCAUGGCUCCCUCGAAUAUUCCUUGUUGAUACCCACUGCUCUGCAUUUCCAAGCAUCCCAGUUGAAAGACGCCUUCAAUGCAUCUCUACCAGAACCCACGGACGAAUUGGCUCAAGAUGACGAGCCUUCGUCCAGCGCCGAGCUUGUCGCACGUUACGUUGGCUUCAUUGCCGCUGAAGUCGAUGAGGAGGAGGAAGCAGCCGGCUUUGUGGAAGUCUUAAAAGUUGUCUUGAACGAAUUUGAACGGUCUUUUAUGCAUGCAAACGAUGUUCAUGCGCUGGCUGCCACAUUACCUGGAAUCACCGCAAAGAAGCUGUUGCUGGUUCGGUGCUACUAUGCCGGCCGAGCUGCCGUGGCAAGACCCAUUAAGCCACACGAUUCCGCCCUCCUGAGAGCUGCAGAUGACGAAGAGGCGAGCAUCUUCACGGUCUUUGGUGGGCAAGGCAAUAUUGAAGAAUACUUUGACGAGCUCAGAGAAGUCUACACCACAUAUCCUUCUUUCACCAAAGAUUUGGUCGAGUCUUCAGCAGAAUUGUUGCAGACUUUGGCUAGAAGUCCAAAGGCGGACAAAUUCUAUACAAAAGGCCUCGACAUUCUCCGGUGGUUGGCGGACCGAGAAACCCAGCCGGAUACGGAUUAUUUGGUGUCCGCUCCUGUCAGCCUGCCCUUGAUCGGCCUGGUCCAACUGGCCCACUAUCAAGUUGCCUGCAAAGUUCUCGGCAAGACCCCAGGCGAAGUUAACGAGCGGCUCAAUGGCACAACUGGUCAUUCGCAAGGCGUUGUCACCGCUGCCGCGAUUGCCACGGCAACAUCCUGGGAGAGCUUUGCCAAGGCCGCCAAAGAAGCCAUCACCAUGCUGUUCUGGAUUGGCAUGCGAAGUCAGCAGGCAUAUCCUCGAACCAGCAUUGCUCCCUCCAUUUUGCAGGAUUCGCUCGAGGCGGGGGAGGGUACUCCAACGCCGAUGCUCUCCGUCCGAGAUCUCUCCCGGAAACAGCUCCAGGAGCAUAUCGACGCCACGAACGAGCAUUUACCGACCGACCGACACAUCGCCAUCUCCCUGGUCAACAGUGCUCGCAACUUUGUGGUUACUGGGGCGCCAAUUUCUCUCCACGGUCUGAAUCUGCGAUUGCGCAAAGUCAAGGCCCCGACUGGUCUGGAUCAAAACCGAAUUCCAUACACCGAGCGUAAAGUGCGGUUUGUGAAUAGGUUCUUACCCAUCACCGCCCCAUUCCACAGCCCUCUCCUUAGCGAAGCUCUCAAGCACAUUCAGGACGAUCUCAGUGACAUCAAGAUUCCCGCUUCUCGCUUGACCAUCCCUGUGUACGAUACAAACACUGGGGAAGAUCUCCGUGCCCAACACGACAAGGAUAUUGUCCCGGCUCUCGUGCGCAUGAUCACCCAAGAUCCCGUCCACUGGGAGCAGGCCACCUUUUUUGAGGGCGCCACUCACAUCGUCGACUUCGGCCCCGGAGGCAUUUCGGGUCUCGGAGUCCUCACGAACCGCAACAAGGAUGGUACUGGUGUCCGUGUCAUCUUGGCUGGUGCGAUGGAUGGCACCAAUGCCGAGGUUGGAUACAAGCCGGAAUUCUUCGACCGCGACGAAGAACAGGCCGUCAAGUAUGCCGUUAACUGGGUCAAAGAGCAUGGUCCCAAACUGGUCAAGACUUCGGUCGGACAGACCUUUGUCGACACCAAGAUGUCACGCCUGCUUGGUGUCCCCCCCUUGAUGGUGGCCGGCAUGACUCCCUGCACGGUUCCGUGGGACUUCGUUGCUGCAACCAUGAACGCUGGCUACCACAUUGAAUUGGCGGGUGGCGGUUACUACAACGCAAAGAGCAUGACCGAAGCCCUGACCCAGAUCGAGAAAGCCAUCCCCCCCGGUCGAGGGAUCACCGUCAACUUGAUCUAUGUUAAUCCUCGGGCAAUGGGCUGGCAAAUCCCUCUUCUCGCUCAGCUUCGAGCGGAUGGCGUUCCCAUCGAGGGCUUGACGAUCGGAGCAGGUGUGCCAUCCAUCGAAGUCGCUCAAGAAUACAUUGACAGCCUCGGCAUUAAGCACAUUGCUUUCAAGCCCGGCUCGAUGGAUGCCAUUCAGCAGGUCAUUAACAUUGCAAAAGCCAACCCGACAUUCCCUGUCAUUCUCCAAUGGACCGGCGGUCGUGGCGGUGGCCAUCAUUCUUUUGAGGAUUUCCACCAACCCGUCCUUCAAAUGUAUGGACGUAUUCGAAAAUGCCAGAACAUCAUCUUGGUGGCCGGUAGUGGUUUUGGUGGCUCUGAAGACACCUAUCCCUAUCUUACUGGAACUUGGGCACGCAAGUUCGGAUACCCCCCCAUGCCUUUCGACGGUGUCCUCUUUGGGAGUCGAAUGAUGACGGCCCAAGAAGCUCACACAUCCACCAACGCGAAGAAGGCUAUUGCUGAGGCCGAGGGUGUGGACGACAGUCAAUGGGAGAAAACCUACAAGGGACCUGCGGGUGGUGUCAUUACUGUCCGGUCCGAGAUGGGUGAGCCCAUCCACAAGUUGGCCACUCGUGGCGUGAAAUUCUGGGCCGAGAUGGAUCAAAAGAUUUUCAGCUUGGACAAGAAGAAGCGAGUCGCAGAGCUGAGGAAGCAGCGCGAAUACAUCAUCAAGAAGCUCAAUGACGACUUCCAAAAGGUUUGGUUCGGUCGCAACUCGGCCGGCGAAACGGUGGACCUCGAGGACAUGACUUAUGCUGAAGUCGUUCGACGCAUGGUCGAACUCAUGUAUGUCAAGCACCGAUCUCGCUGGAUUGAGGUCACUCUCCGAAACCUCACCGUGGACUUCAUUCGCCGAGUGGAAGAGCGAUUCACCGUCGGCUCCGGCAAACCAUCUCUCAUUCAGAGCUACGCAGAACUGGACAAUCCAUUCCCGGCGGUGGAGAAGAUUCUGGCCGCUUAUCCAGAGGCGGAAACUCAAUUGAUCAAUGCACAAGACGUACAGCAUUUCUUACUGCUCUGCCAGCGUCGUGGCCAGAAGCCCGUGCCUUUUGUUCCCUCGUUGGAUGAAAACUUUGAGUUCUGGUUCAAGAAGGACUCAUUGUGGCAGUCCGAGGACUUGGACGCUGUCGUGGAUCAAGAUGUCGGUAGAACCUGUAUUCUUCAAGGACCCAUGGCGGCGAAAUACUCGACCAAGAUCGACGAACCCAUCAAAGACAUUUUGGAUGGCAUUCACCACGAUCACAUCCAAGGCCUCGUCCAGGACGUUUAUGGUGGCCGAGACGCCGCGGUCCCCGUGGUCGAGUACUUUGGUGGCAAGGUCAUCACAUCUCCAGAAAGUGUGGUCGAGCUUGAUGGCGUCACCGUGAUCCCAGAUGGCUCUCGCAUCACGUACCGGUUGUCAUCUUCUUCAUCGGCUCCUCUGCCUGAUGUUGAAGCUUGGUGUCAACUGCUGGCUGGCAAGAAUUACUCGUGGCGUCAUGCUCUAUUUACCACCGACGUGUUUGUCCAGGGUGCUCGAUAUCAAAACAACCCUCUCAAGCGCAUCCUAGCUCCCACACGAGGUAUGACGAUUGAAAUUGCUCAUCCUAAGGAUCCGUCAAGGACCACAAUUGUCGUCAAGGAACCCAGUCAGUCCGGAAGGUUGGUGAAGAGCCUUGACAUUGGCUUGGUCGGGAAAAACGAAAUCUGGAUGAAUAUGUGGGAAGAGAGAACUGCCGAAGGUGGUGCCGUUCCAUUGCCCUUCAAGUUCGUCUAUCAUCCCGAGACUGGCUAUGCACCCAUCCACGAAGUCAUGGAAGGCCGGAAUGACCGCAUCAAGGAGUUUUACUACCGAAUCUGGUUCGGUGAGAAGGACGUUCCAUUUGACACCCCAACCACCAACACGUUUGACGGUGGCAAGGCCACGAUCGUCACUCAAGACAUUGCCGACUUUGUUCACGCGGUUGGGAACACUGGGGAGGCGUUCGUUGAUCGGCCAGGCAAAGAAGUCUUUGCUCCCAUGGACUUUGCCAUCGUCGUCGGUUGGAAAGCCAUCAUCAAACCCAUCUUCCCUCGCUCCAUUGACGGUGAUUUGCUCAAACUGGUUCAUUUGUCUAAUGGCUUCCGCAUGCUUCCGGGCGCUGAGCCGUUGAAGGUGGGUGAUGAGCUUCACACCUCUGCCAGAAUCAAUGCGGUCAUCAAUCAAGAUUCCGGGAAAAUGGUUGAGGUGUGUGGGACCAUCACCCGCCAAGGUCAGCCCGUCAUGGAAGUCACCAGUCAAUUCUUGUACCGAGGGAACUAUACGGACUACGAGAACACCUUCCAGCGCAAAGAAGAGACCCCCAUGCAAGUUACGCUUGCGUCAUCCAAGGACGUGGCUGUCCUCCGAUCCAAGGAGUGGUUCCAUCUGGACGAGCCCGGUAUCGACCUGCUGGGCCAGACUUUGACCUUCCGUCUGUCUUCUUUGGUCCGAUUCAAGAACAAGACCGUCUUCCAAAGCGUCGAGACCGUGGGCCAGGUCCUGCUUGAAUUGCCCACCAAGGAAAUCAUUCAAGUCGCUUCUGUCGAAUACGAUGCCGGUGUUUCUCACGGGAAUCCCGUGAUUGACUACCUGCAGAGACAUGGCCAAUCCAUCGAACAGCCGGUCAACUUUGAGAAUGCGAUCCCCUUGAGUGGCAAGACUCCUCUGUCUCUCAAAGCUCCGGCAUCGAAUGAGACGUAUGCUCGCGUCUCGGGCGACUACAACCCCAUCCACGUCUCUCGUAUCUUUGCCAGCUACGCCAAUCUUCCUGGCACCAUCACUCACGGCAUGUACUCCAGUGCCGCGGUUCGAAGCUUGGUCGAGACCUGGGCCGCGGAGAACAACAUCGGGCGUGUCCGAAGCUACCACGUCUCUUUGGUGGGCAUGGUUUUGCCCAAUGAUGACUUGGAAGUCAAACUCGAGCACGUUGGUAUGGUCGCCGGUCGCAAGAGUAUCAAGAUCGAAACCAGCAACAAAGAGACCGGUGACAAGGUUCUCCUGGCCGAGGCCGAGGUCGAGCAACCGGUAUCGUCGUACGUCUUCACCGGUCAAGGUUCUCAAGAACAAGGUAUGGGGAUGGAUCUUUAUGCUCGAAGCCCCGUGGCCAAGGAAGUUUGGGAUCGUGCCGAUCGUCACUUCGUGGAAAACUAUGGCCUCUCGAUCAUCAACAUUGUCAAGAACAAUCCCAAGGAACUCACCAUUCAUUUUGGCGGACCUCGUGGCAAAGUUAUCCGACAAAACUAUAUGGCCAUGACUUUUGAAUCCAUCAAUGCGGACGGAUCGGUCAAGUCGGAGAAGAUUUUCAAGGAAAUCAAUGAAAACACCACCUCAUACACCUACCGGUCGCCCACCGGUCUGCUGUCUGCUACUCAAUUCACCCAACCAGCCUUGACUUUGAUGGAAAAGGCCAGUUUUGAAGAUAUGCGCUCCAAAGGUCUUAUCCAGCGUGACAGCAGCUUUGCUGGUCACUCUCUCGGUGAAUACUCUGCCCUGGCCUCCAUCGCGGAAGUCAUGCCCAUUGAAAGCUUGGUGUCGGUUGUGUUCUAUCGUGGAUUGACCAUGCAAGUGGCGGUGGAGCGCGAUGAGCAAGGCAGAAGCAAUUACUCGAUGUGCGCCGUCAACCCGAGCCGUAUCUCCAAGACAUUCAACGAGCAAGCUCUGCAAUAUGUGGUGGAGAACAUUGCCGAAACCACCGGGUGGCUGGUGGAGAUCGUCAACUACAAUGUGGCCAACAUGCAAUACGUCUGCGCCGGCGAUCUCCGAGCAUUGGAUUGCUUGACCAAUGUCCUCAACGUGCUCAAGAUGCAGAAGAUUGACAUCCAGGCCCUGAUGCAACAGAUGUCACUGGAUGAUGUCAAAGCCCACUUGGUUGAGAUUAUCGGUGAAUGCCGCAAGAGAACUGAAGCCAAACCGCAACCGAUUGAGCUUGAACGAGGCUUUGCGGUGAUUCCACUCAAGGGGAUUGACGUGCCAUUCCACAGCACGUUCUUGCGAUCAGGCGUCAAGCCAUUCCGCUCGUUCUUGUUGAAAAAGAUCAACAAGACGAGCAUCGAUCCAGCGAAAUUAAUUGGCAAAUACAUUCCUAAUGUCACUGCCAGACCUUUCGAGAUUUCCAAGAGGUAUUUUGAGGAGGUAUACCAACUGACCAACUCACCCCGGCUGGCAAAGAUUCUAGAAGAUUGGGACAAGUAUGAAGGCGCCGGCGAUCCAGGGGCCAGGCGCCUCUCCACAGUGGCAUGA